AUGCCAGUCAGCGCCAUCGACUCCCUCCUCUUCAAGAAUCUCUUCGGCACAGAAGAUGUCCGCAAGAUCUUCGACGACAAGAAAUACAUCGACUACUGCGUACUCGUAGAGAAGAAUUUGGCUGACGCGCAAGCAUUUUACGAACUGAUUCCACAUGAUGCUGCCAAAGAGAUCCUCUUCCAAUGUGGCAAAAACCUGGACUACGACAAGCUAUCACAAGAGACAGAAGUCGUAGGCUACCCGAUCCUACCUCUCGUCACCCAGCUCGCAAAAGAAUGCGGCGAGGAAGCUGGCAAAUACGUUCACUGGGGCGCAACGACGCAAGAUAUCCAGGAUACUGCAACCAUGAUGCAGAUGCGGGAUGCCCUCAUCCUCGUGGAAGCACGACUCAAAGCAAUUAUCAAGUCCCUCAGCUCUCUCGCCGAGACGUACAAAGACGCCCCAAUGGCCGGCCGCACGCAUCUUCAACACGCAUUACCAGUGACAUUCGGCUACAAGUGCGCAGUCUACCUCUCCUCUUUCCAGCGCCACCUCGAACGCCUGGAGCAGCUCCGCCCCCGAUGUCUUUUGGUGCAAUUCGGCGGCGCAGCAGGGACCCUCGCCUCCCUAGGUCCUGAUACCGAACGCAGUCUCCAGGUCCGCGCCAGACUCGCACGUCAGCUAGGCCUCGAAGAUCCUCCAAUAACCUGGCACACAGCCCGUGACGGAAUCGCAGAGAUGAUAAAUUUCCUUGCCCUCAUCGGUGGAACUCUAGGGAAAGUCGCCACGGACCUGAUCAUAAUGUCCUCGAACGAAUUCAGCGAAGUCAGCGAACCCUUCAUUCUCCAUCGCGGUGCAUCUUCCACAAUGCCGCAGAAGCGAAACCCAAUCAGCAGUGAAGUCAUCCUCGCUGCCUCGAAGAUGCUUCGCGCGAAUGCUGGGUUGUGCUUGGACGCCAUGCUCACGGACUUCGAGCGAGCUAGUGGACCAUGGCAACUCGAAUGGGCAGCAGUACCAGAGUCCUGUGUCCUGGUUGUGGGAGCGCUGAGCCAGGCGGAGUUCGCGCUGUCCGGGCUUGUAGUGAAUGUCGAUGCUACGAGGAAGAAUCUGGAUAGUACGAAAGGCUUGAUUGUAGCGGAAGCGGUGAUGAUGGAAGUGGCGAGGACGAUUGGACGGCAGAGAGCGCAUGAGGUGGGUUAUGAGGCUUGUAGGGAGACGAUCGAGAGUUCUGAUCGAGAGCGUACGCUAUUGGCUACAUUACUGGAGAAAGUUGAGGUAACAGAGGCAGUAGACCGGGAAAGAUUGGAGGAGCUGUGCCAGACGAAGAAUUAUCUGGGUGCUGCCGGGGCGAUGGUUGACGCAGUUCUGGCACUGAAUAACACAGGAUUAGAGGCCGCUCGUUUGGGUAUCUUCACCUAG